UUUUCUCCUCUAUGAUGGCGCUAACUCACGAAAAUAUGGCGUGUUAUUUUGGUUAGUUGGUGCAUGUGAAGUAAAGGUUAGGUUUAUCAAAACUUUUCGGAAUUGCACGAAUAUUACUUUGAACCGUACUAAAUUAACAUGGUUAUACGAUUGCACGUUAACAAUGAAGAUCUAAUUGAUCGAGAUGAGUCUGAAUUACAUUUCAUGCCAUGCAAAAUUCACGGGGACGAAACCGCAAAUAUUUCCUCUUACUUCAAGCCUUACAUUCAUAGCACAGAAGAAGAAUACUACAAUAGUUCUUUCCGUGGAUAUUCACUUCAGGGGAAGAAGGUAACUAUACCUGCUGAAUACAGAGGUAUAAUACUUAUGGAGAAUAAAAAGAUCAAUACUGAAACUAAAGAGAGGAAUUUAUAUUGCACGGGAACCUUUUCGAAGUUUACAUAUUGGAAUUAUGAUAGAAUACCAUCCAAAAAUGACACUCUUGUGGCUGCUUUAGAUUGGGUUGACAUAGCUAAAGUGUUACAUUCACCAGAAAUGUAGGUGAUACCAGGAAACUAUUUUUACAGAAUAUACAAGGAAUAAAUAUAUGUUCUUGCCAAAUAUUAUAUUUUUAUACUUUGAUAGAGAAGAGAGACAAUAAAUAUGUGUUUUAUACAACAUAUUUAUUUUUACAGUAUUAUAAUUGGAUGAUUACACCAUAAAUACUUACAUAAUCUAUAAUAAUGAGCAUAAGAAUGUAUGAUUAAGUGUAAGAUGCAUAAACGGAGAGAAAGAGAGAGAGUGAGAGUGAGUGAGUUGUGUAGUGGUAUUAUUAUAGUCUAAUUAGUAGCAACAUUUAAAGAAAUGCACAGUUUCCUAUUUAGAUAUUUGUGGACUUCAUUGCGUAUUUCGUUUAAUACAAUAGUAACUAUAAAUAUGUUCUGCAGAUUCAUAAAUCCAUUUUACAUAGGAUUAUAUGUUUUAUAUGAUCUUAUAUUCAAUUUUAUAUGCAUUUUUAUAUAUGGUCAUUAGUUUACAUCUAUCAUAAUUUUAAGAAAGGAUGUCCGAGCAGCCAUACAUGCUAUCUUAAAAGUGGCCCUUAGACGCUCAAUAUUAUUGAACAAUAUUAAUGAUUGUCUAAGGACUUUAAUCAUACAAAUGUGAGAUUUACAAAAAAAUACAUUUUUUUUCAGUAUGUAGAGUAUGUGCAUUAAAUCAUUUAGGCCAAAGAAUCUGAUCGAUUUGCGAUAGUGUGUAUCGAGUGUGUACGAUGCUUUUACGGAAUUGACUUCUAAACAUGCAUUAAAAUGGAAACAUAUUCAUCUCCGUGUUGUAUAGAAUCAGUGAUGUAUGAAGAUGUGUGUAUAUCCUAAACAAAGGAUAGAAAAAUUCGUUUGCAAUAUCCCAUAUUAACGCUAUAUGUAAUAGAGUAAUAGACAAAUAAAAUAAAUUAUAUUGCA